AUAUGCCACUAGUCUAAACUGCGCUUUUUGUAUAUUUGUAUCCGAACCCCGACCCUAAUGCUACGGGUAUUGGUCGGGUUCGGAUACAGAAAAAGAUAUGUUUGUCAGGUUCUGGUCGGGUGCCGAUUUUUUUCAUUUUCAAUGGGUAGUGAAAUGUGAAGUGACUACAGUUUUUUAAUAUCAUAAUUGUAGUAGUUCGUAAUAUGUAUAUAGCACCCUUUCAGUCGGCUUAAAUGAUACGGUAAAAAGAUAUAAACCUCGAAUGAGUUGCCAGAUUUCAGUCGCUAUAAAAGCACUCGACUUAAUUGAAUAAACUCUCUUUGUAAAACGUCAGUCAUCGACUCAACAGUCAGUUCUCUGCGAAGUAUUGAGAAAGCCAUCGCGUAGAUUUCAGUGGCGACGAGAAAAAGUAAUUUUUUAUAAAAUCCGGGAGGAGUUUUUACCCGGUAGUGAGUAAGUGAAAAAGAUAUAUAAAAUCUGGGGGUAUAAUUUUGCCCGGUAGUGCGCUGGUAAUAAAAUAGUGUUUAAAACGCUUGGUGUGCUGGACAUUUUGUUUGCAGGCAGAGCGCGGAAAUUUGGCCGCUGCGUUGCGGAUUUGUCUGUGUGACCGGCAUUGGAGGAUUUUGAGCGCAAAUUGCUCUGGAAAUAUUCUGUUUUUUUGGAUACUGGGAAAAACCGUUCCCAGAGCGAGAUUUUGGAUACACGACAAUCUGCUUGUUGGUUGCUACUGCUGCUGCGGUGCCGUUUUCGCUGCUACCCCGAGCUGAGAUAUUUUUUUUGAGGAAAUUUUUUUUUGUCUGGAUUGAGCAGAAUUUUGUUUAAGGUACGUGUUUUUUUUAUUGUCUAUGGUUGAUUUUUUAAUAUAUUUUAAACAUAUACAUAUAUUGUUUUUUACAAGUGCAGUAUAUAUAUACAUACAUAUAGAUAUAUUUUUGUAUUGUUUCAAUUAGAUAUUUUUUACUUGGAGCGUUUCAAUCUUUCUUAUAUAUAUUUUUACGCUUUUUUUGCUUUCUCAAGCAUGCCGUUGAUUGGCAGUGUUGAGCCUUAUGUACCGGGUACUAUUUCGUUUGCCCAAUAUAUUGAACAGAUCGAAUGGGUGUUUCGUUGCAAUAAAGUUCCAGAAAAUGAUAAAAAAACGUACUUCCUUGCGUUGUGCGGACAAGAAACUUAUAGUGAGCUAAAACUCUUGCAUCCUGGUGUAGAUCUUUCUACUAUGGCUUUUGACGCCAUCAUUGAAUCUCUAAAAAAAAGAUUUGACAAGUCGGAUACGGAUAUGUUCCAACGAUACAAAUUUUACACCAUGUUGCAAGGGGACGAUGAAAAGGCAGAGGAUUUUAUUCUCAAGGUUAAGUUGCAAGCUGAAAGUUGUGAGUUUGGAGCAUUUAAAGAAACAGCCAUUCGCGACAAAUUAGUGAUGGGAGUAUUUGAUAAAAAUGUUCAACAGCGUCUUUUAGAAGAAGAAGAUCUCACUUUGGCUAGAGCUGAAAAAAUUAUAGUGAAUAGGGAAGUUGCCGGGGUGCGUACAAAAAUUAUAAAUGACGGAAAGUUUACAGUUGUUGCUAAAUUGGAUAGUGACGAUAGAAAAGUGUUUAACAAUAGGCGACGUGCUAGGAGUAGAGAAAGGAAUAUUCGCAAUAGAAGCAAUAGUUUUAGUAGAAGUCGUAGUAGGUCUUUUUCGGCGGGCAGAAGAACAUUUUUUUGUCAAUUUUGUCGCAAGAAGGGCCAUACAAAGAAAUAUUGCUUUGAAUUGAAGCGUAAGAAGAAAAUGCAUGUAAAAUUUGUCGACACCCCUCCCGCAGCUCAAACAGCUAGUAGAACUGAUUAUUUUAAAAGAUUGAAAAAUGAUAUGCAAAGUAGUGAUUCAGAAUCUGAUGAUAAAUGUUUGAAAAUAGAGUUAGUGAAGAAUAUUAGCGAACCAUGCUUGGUGGACGUUUUGGUGGAGGAUGCGAAGCUUUCUAUGGAAGUGGAUUGUGGUUCUGCUGUUAGCGUGGUUGGCGAACAUAUUUUCAGAAAAAGAUUUGGCUAUCUGCCUCUCUUGCCAUACAAGAAUAAUUUGGUUGUGGUUGAUGGAGCCAGGUUGGAAGUUUUGGGAAUCGUUUUAGUAUCGGUUGAGGUUGCAGGAAAGCGAUGUUCGGACCAGGAGUUGAUCGUGUUGAAAAAUAUAAGGAAUUCAUGCAAAAUUUCUCCACUUUUUGGCCGCAAAUGGCUUGAUAGUUUUUUCCCAGAUUGGCGCAAGACAUUUUCUAACUGUGCAAGCAUCAACCAGGUUUUGGUUUCGGAUAUGAAAAUAGAUUCGGUGGUUGAAGAUGUGAAGAGUAAGUUUAAACAUAUUUUUAAUAAAACGUUUUCAGACCCAAUUGUGGGUUAUGAGGCAGAUCUUGUCCUGAAGGAAGACAGACCAAUUUUCAGAAAGGCCUAUGAAGUCCCUUUGAGAUUGAAGCAAAAAGUAAUAGAACACCUUGAUUCUCUUGAAAAAGAUGGAGUAAUCACGCCUGUUGAGGUGAGUGAAUGGGCAUCACCUGUUGUGGUGGUGAUGAAGAAAGAUCAUGGUAUUCGUUUGGUUAUUGAUUGUAGGGUCUCUAUCAAUAAAGUAAUCACACCCAAUACUUACCCGCUUCCAGUGGCUCAAGAUUUGUUCGCAUCGUUAUCAGGAGCUAAAGUUUUUUGUUCCUUAGACCUUGCUGGUGCAUAUACUCAGUUGAGACUUUCCAAAAGAUCUAGAAAAUUCAUGAUAAUAAACACUUUAAAAGGAUUGUAUUGUUACAAUAGGCUACCACAAGGAGCAUCUUCAAGCGCAUCGAUUUUUCAAAGAGUUAUGGACCAGAUUUUGAAAGGUUUGCCGAUGGUUUUCUGUUACCUUGAUGAUGUACUCAUAGCAGGUGUUGACUUUGAAGACUGUCAGAGGAAGCUUUAUUUAGUCUUAGAGAGAUUGGCUAAGGCUAAUAUAAAGGUAAACUUAAAAAAAUGCAAGUUUUUUGUUCAUACUUUGCCUUAUCUUGGACAUGUUAUCACAGAUAAAGGUUUGAUGCCUUGUCCAGAAAAAGUUCAAACAAUUCGUGAUGCAAAGUCACCACAAAAUGUUACCGAACUUAAGGCGUUUUUGGGGUUACUGAAUUUUUAUGGAAAGUUUAUUCCCCAUUUGUCAUCACAUCUAAGCUGUUUGUAUAAUUUACUGAAAAAAGACACUAGAUUCCACUGGUCAGAAAAUUGUCAAAACACUUUUAAUUUCUGCAAAACUAAGUUAUUAAAUAGUAAUUUAUUAGAAUAUUUCGAUCCCGACAAACCAAUUGUAGUGGUGUCAGAUGCUUGCAAUUAUGGACUAGGUGGAGUGAUUGCACAUGUUGUAAAUGGAAUAGAAAAGCCAAUUUCGUUUACGUCGUUUUCUUUGAACAAAGCACAACAAUCAUACCCUAUAAUUCAUCUAGAAGCUUUGGCGGUGGUGAGUACAGUGAAGAAAUUUCACAAGUUUUUGUACGGGAAAAAAUUUACUGUUUACACGGAUCACAAACCGCUAAUUGGGAUAUUUGGCAAAGAAGGUAGAAAUGCAUUGUAUGCCACAAGAUUGCAGAGAUAUGUCUUGGAGCUAUCAAUAUAUGAAUUUGAUAUUGUUUAUCGUCCGUCUACCCGAAUGGGAAACGCAGACUUUUGCUCUAGAUUCCCAUUAUCCACGGAAGUGCCUAAAUAUUUACAGAGAGAAUUCAUCAAACGAUUGAAUAUGUCGUCAAGCAUUCCAAUUGAUUAUAGGAGAAUAGCAAAAGAAACUGAGCUGGAUGAUUUUUUGCAACAAAUUAAAACUUUUCUUAGAAAAGGAUGGCCAGAGAGAUUGGAUAAGAGAUUUAAAGAUGUGCACGCUCAUUAUCUGGAUUUGGAGGAAGUAGACGGAUGUAUGUUGUUUCAAGACAGGGUAAUUAUUCCGGUGGCAUUGAAACGUAAUGUUUUAGAGAUUUUACAUCAAAAUCAUGUGGGUAUAGCAAAGAUAAAGCAGUUGGCACGUAGAUCCGUUUAUUGGUUCGGGUUGAACAGAGACAUCGAAGAUUUUGUAAGAGCAUGCAAGAUAUGUAAUCAAAUGGCUAUAGUACAUAAAAAAGCACCUAUCGAGGGUUGGAUACCUACCUCACGACCUUUUAGUCGCAUACAUGCCGAUUUCUUUUAUUUCCAGCAAAAAGUAUUUUUACUAAUUAUCGACAGCUAUUCUAAGUGGUUGGAAUUGGAUCAUAUGAAGUAUGGCACCGACGGUAAGAAAGUAAUAGCAAAAUUUAUGGCUGUGUUCGCUCGAUUUGGUCUCCCAGACGUGGUGGUCACGGAUGGGGGUCCGCCUUUUAAUUCACAUUCUUUCAUCAAGUUUUUGGAGAAUCAAGGAGUAAAGGUAUUAAAAAGUCCGCCAUACAACCCACAAAGUAAUGGGCAAGCCGAGAGAAUGGUGCGCCUAGUGAAGGAAGUAUUUAAGAAAUUUCUUUUGGAUCCGCAAAUUCAAAAUUAUGACACAGAGGAGAGAGUUAAUUUAUUCUUAUUUAACUAUAGAAAUACUUGCCUGAAUGAUAAUGGUCAUUUUCCUUCGGAAAAGCUUUUUAUUUUCAAACCAAAAACUAUCCUUGACUUGCUUAACCCUAAAUUUGACUAUAAAAGAAAAUUAACCAAACCACUGCAUGAUGUAAACCGUACUAAAUCAAGUACUGACAAACAAGUACAAGAUCCUUUGGCAAUACUGACAGUAGGUGAUCCAAUCUACUAUAAAAAUACUAAUCCUACUGACAUAAAACGCUGGAUAAUAGCAAAAUUUAUAAAGCGGUUAUCCACAAACGUUUUCCAGAUCUCGCUCGGUGGUCGUUUGGUGUCAGCUCACAGGCAUCAACUCCGUUUGGCGGAAGGAAAGCAUCGGACGAGAGCGUCAGUUAUUUUUGACGAUUUUCCGCCAGUCCGUCUGAGCAAGCGAAGACGUGAGGAUGACGAUAUCAACCAACACAACGCAAAGCAGCGCAACAAGCAAAAUGAUGAAGAUUUUUAUGGAUUCGUUUCGGAUUCGUUCAUUUUCGAUGGAUUUGAUUCGUCGGAGGAAACCAUCGAAACUCGGAAAUCACAAGUUCCAGUUGAGGUCGAACAUGGCCAACAGAAGAACUGCUUAUCCAGUGAUCAAAAAUCAUUGCCUAACAUUAGGCGUUCGAGUAGAUUAAAAGUUAAGAAAAUAGAUAAAAAUUUUGUUUACCAAUGAAUUCAUAUUAUCAAAUUUUGUAUAUAAAAUGAAUUGUUUCAUUAUAUAAUGUACAUAAUGUAUUAAAAGUUUAGGAUUGUAUUAAUUAACUGAAGAGGCAAGAAUUGUAGUAGUUCGUAAUAUGUAUAUAGCACCCUUUCAGUCGGCUUAAAUGAUACGGUAAAAAGAUAUAAACCUCGAAUGAGUUGCCAGAUUUCAGUCGCUAUAAAAGCACUCGAC